GUAGCAUACGCCCUCUCUGCCGCCAUGGCCCGGCAUCGGAAUGUCCGAGGCUAUAACUAUGAUGAAGAUUUUGAAGAUGAUGAUCUCUAUGGCCAAUCUGUAGAGGAUGAUUACUGUAUUUCGCCAUCAACAGCUGCUCAGUUUAUUUACUCACGACGUGACAAACCUGUAGAAGAAUAUGAUUGUGCAGAUCUGAAAGAUUCUUCUAAUUCUCUUUUGAAUCAGCCGCUAAGUGAAAUUGAUCAAGCUCGUCUUCAUUCAUGCCUUGAUCAUAUGAGAGAGGUACUGGGAGAUGCUGUGCCAGGUGAAGCACUGACUGAAGCAAUUCUCAAGAACAAGUUUGAUGCACAGAAGGCUUUGUCAAUGCUUCUGGAACAAGAUAACACUCAGAAGUUGAAGGACAAAAGUGAGAGAGCAGUAUCCACAGGAAGGAUAGCAAAAGGAGUCUUAUUUUCAUCCUCUGAAGUUUCAGCUGAUAAUGUUCAAAGUUCUUAUCCCCAGUCAGAAAAUCAUUUGGAUUGCAGUAGCAAAUCCUUUGAUUUUUCUAGCUCAAUACCAAAGUAUGCUUCAGUUGUGCCAAGUCACUAUUUACUUCAUAGGAAAAAGAAACUUGACAGACCUAAAAGUGAAAAGAAACUAGAAUCAUUAGGAUCUCAGUCAUCUCGAAGUGAAUCUGAACUUGUGCCAAAAAUUGCUAAAAUGACUGUAUCUGGAAAGAAGCAAACUAUGGGAUUUGAAGUGCCUGGGAUAACUUCUGAAGAAAAUAGUCAUAGUUUCCACACACCUCAAAAAGGACCUCUUGGUGAAGAUACCAGCAUUGUUUCUUCUGAUGUUCUUGAAACCAUUUCUAAAUCAGCUAUUCCUCCUCACUCCAUUCAAGUGUCAGAAGAACCAGGUUCCACUCCAACACCACUGAAAAGGUCUGGCAAGUUGAGACAGCAGAUAGAUGUAAAAGCGGAAUUGGAGAGGCGGCAAGGCGGGAAGCAGCUCCUCAACCUAGUGGUCAUUGGUCAUGUUGAUGCUGGGAAAAGUACUCUCAUGGGCCACCUGCUUUACCUUCUGGGUAAUGUAAACAAAAGAACUAUGCAUAAAUAUGAGCAGGAGUCCAAAAAGGCUGGGAAAGCUUCAUUUGCAUAUGCAUGGGUCUUGGAUGAGACUGGUGAAGAAAGAGAAAGGGGAGUAACAAUGGAUGUUGGUAUGACAAAGUUUGAAACUACAACCAAAGUUAUUACAUUAAUGGAUGCUCCAGGCCAUAAGGAUUUCAUUCCAAAUAUGAUUACAGGAGCAGCCCAGGCAGACGUAGCUGUUUUAGUUGUGGAUGCCAGCAGGGGAGAGUUUGAAGCUGGGUUUGAGACUGGUGGACAAACACGAGAGCAUGGCCUUCUGGUCCGAUCUCUUGGAGUGACACAGCUUGCAGUUGCAGUCAAUAAGAUGGAUCAGGUUAACUGGCAGCAAGAAAGAUUUCAAGAGAUUACUGGAAAACUUGGGCACUUUCUUAAGCAAGCAGGUUUUAAGGAGAGUGAUGUAGCUUUUAUCCCUACAAGUGGUCUCAGUGGUGAAAAUCUAAUCACAAGGUCGCAGUCAAGUGAACUCACAGAGUGGUAUAAAGGUGUAUGCUUAUUAGAACACAUUGAUUCUUUUAAGUCUCCUCAGCGAUCUAUUGACAAGCCUUUUAGAUUAUGUGUGUCAGAUGUCUUCAAAGAUCAAGGAUCUGGAUUUUGUGUGACUGGUAAAAUUGAAGCUGGUUAUAUUCAGACUGGUGACCGACUGCUAGCAAUGCCUCCUAACGAAACUUGUACUACGAAAGGAAUCACUCUGCAUGAUGAACCUGUCGAUUGGGCGGCGGCAGGCGAUCAUGUUAGUCUUACUUUAGUUGGGAUGGAUAUCAUCAAAAUCAAUGUUGGCUGCAUAUUUUGUGGCCCCAAAGAACCCAUUAAAGCUUGCACUCGUUUCAGAGCCCGAAUCCUCAUCUUUAAUAUUGAAAUUCCAAUCACUAAAGGAUUUCCUGUGCUGUUACACUACCAAACUGUCAGUGAACCUGCCAUUAUUAAACGAUUGAUUAGCGUCUUAAGCAAAAGCACCGGUGAAGUCACAAAGAAAAAGCCAAAGCUGCUGACUAAAGGCCAGAAUGCAUUGGUGGAGCUACAGACGCAAAGACCAGUAGCUCUGGAGCUCUAUAAAGAUUUCAAAGAGCUGGGGAGGUUUAUGCUACGGUACAGCGGCUCUACGAUAGCAGCUGGUGUUGUCACCGAGAUAAAAGAAUGAUGGGUCAGAAUUUCUACUACAUUUCUAAGUUCAGUGAAAUAGCCAACGGCUGUUUUUCAGGAAUCCAAUUAUGCAGUUAAAGAGACAAUGUGCAGCUGGUAUUCUUUUAAAUGAAAGAAAAAAAGUGAAGCUCUAAUUAACUAUAAAAAAUUAAUAAUAACCACUCCUGCAAAAAUUUCAAGUUGCCAACUGACAAUGAAAGGCUAAUAUUGCACUUUGAUUUUAAAAAGCAUCUUUGCCUUUGGAAGGACAGUGAGUGGAUUUACUUUGUGAGCCUUACGGCAAGUGUCAGAAGUAGUAACAGAAUAUUUAAAUCGUCAUGCAAUGGAUUCUACCUCCAGCUAACCACAGCGUACUUGCAGUUUUCCCUUUUCAUUCAGUUGUUCUGCACAUGUUUUAGGGAAAGUAACUAAGUGGGCUUUGGGAGUAAUUGAUGUUUGACCUGGGCACUUCUUUUAGUUAACUCUAGGAAAAGAUUGGCUGAAGGUUAUAAUAAAGGUAUUUUGUGUUGAGCAUAAAUAUUUCCGUCCUCCAACAAGUCAUCUUCUGAAACCAUAAUUUGCAAUUAAUGGAAGUUGUUCCUUUGUUAACCAAGACAUUAUUUAAGUUGAAAAGCCAGCUAAUAAAAUGCCUUCAUGUGAACAUAAUA